GAGUGAUGGUGGCGCCGUGCUGGUUCUGCCGUCCACCCCGUACCACCACUCAGACUCCAUUUUGAAAGACAAGAGGAGCUCACGCAUUCCAUCUUCGAAAAAAAUGGAAAACAGUGCACCAGAUGGUUCGACUGGAGGACAGAACUCGACUCCCCACAACGGGUUCCGUGGUCGUGGUGGCUUCAGAGGUGGGCGAGGUGGAGGGUUCCGUGGAAGAGGUGCUCCAGGAUACUCAGGAGGCCCAAUGCGUGGUGGGUUCCGUGGCAGAGGAGGCUUUCGGGGAGGCCGAGGUGGCCCAGACAGUGGGUACCGUGGCGGCUUUAGGGGUAAUUUCAGAGCUGGUUUUCGUGGCAACUCUUAUGCACAAACUCGCGGGGGUGGCUUUCGUGGUCGUGGAACAAGUGCCCCUCGUGGUAGUUACAGUGGCGGUGGAUAUGGAGAUGGUGGCUACAGGGGUGGCGGCUACAGCAGUGGUGGAUAUCGGGGAGCACCGAGGGGACGUGGUGGUGGUGGAGGAUAUGAAGGAGGAUACCAGAAGAGAGGGGCAUCGCGUGGUUCAUAUGGCGGCCCUCCCAUGAAGCGGCCCAGGAUGGAUGGGGAGAGUGGCUACAGUAACAGUGGUUAUGGUGGCGGAUACAAUUCUUCUAGCUAUGACAGCUAUGGUGGCAGCAACUAUAACAGUACACCAAGCUACAGCAGCGGUGGAUAUGAUAACUACAAGUCAAACUCGGGCUAUGACAGCACUUAUGGGGGCGGCCAGAGUUAUGGGGGCGGUAGCAACUACGAUAAUUUCGACAGCAGGGGUGGGUACAGCACGUCCCAAAGCUACAACAAUGGUACGUACUAAGCCCUUUACACAAACCAAACACUGCCAGGUUGCACGUGGAAGGAACUAAGUACGUACAUCAAGGUUCGGACGUUAGUGGGGAGCGAGUACUAUCAUUUGCUGUCUGGAAGUGGGACUUGAUUGGUGCUGUGCAACAACAAAGUCAAAGUACUAAAUAAGACAGUGGAGUCAUAGAAAUAGUUAAGAAUUAUGAGUGAAAAAUAUGAAGAAAAAAUAGAGGAUGCCCAAAAUAUUUUUUUAUGAAACUGAAAGCAGAACAGAAAUAACCAUUGCUGAUUGAAAGAUGAAAGUUACAAAAUCCCAACUUGUCAUAAGGUGAAAGUACCAUAUAUAGACAGUUUUUUGCAUUUGUUUUAUGUAAUGGAGUGAAAAAUCCAUAGAAAUGAAGCAGUCAUUAUAUGUUAAGUGAUAAGACUAUGUAUAUAUAUAAAGUAUAUACAAGACGAUAUUUCAGCAGAAUCAAGUGAAUGGUGAAUGGCUUCUUAAUUAUCUUAAGAAAAAAUAAUAUGAAUCCUGCAUGACCUGUGGAGACUGAUAUGAAUUUCUGAAAACAGUAAAAGAAUUUUUGAAUUAUCUUCUGUUUGUAAUAAUUGUUAAUUGACCAGGGGGUGUUAGGGUAACAAGCUACUGAUGUAUUCACAGUGGGUUAGUGUAAACCUAAUUAUUUGUAUAAAAAUGACCAUAGGCCAAUUUUUUUUAUUCCUCAAGAUAAUUGUUUUCAAUUGUGCUGUAUUUUAUCUCAAGGGGUACAUUUAUUUUUUAUACUGAAAAUAUAUAUCACUAGUUGGAUAAAAUUCAAGUGAGCUCCUUUUGUCUUUCCUAAAAAAAAUAUGAUUAUACACAUAAAAGCAAAGAAAAACUUUGACAAAGAUAAGGCCGUGGUCAUGAUGUAAUGUCUGUCCUUUGUAUUAAGCAAAUGCUGCUAGCAAAUAGGCUUGCAGUUGUUCAAGUACAAUAAAACUUACAAGUCAUAUAA